CUAUACAUGGCUGUCACACAAAAUAACGGAGGAGUGAGCCAUCGCACUCAUCUAAAAUAUCUUUGCUGCAAGCAGGACUUUUUGUACAGUUUGUUCUCACUGCCGAGCUUUUCUCUCCAUGGUGCCUCAAUAUCAGUAACUCGUUUCUGCUCAGGUAGCACCAGCAGCCACAUGUUUCAGAUGCUGUGGCUUUGAGAAAAGGCUAUGGAUAGCCGCCCGAGCAGUUAAUACACACAGACAAACGAUGCUAACAGCUCACAUUACACUGUGGCCAAAGGCAUGUCACAUUUGACCUGCCCGUUGCUGUGCGGCUAGCCUGCCAGCUAAAGUUAGCUAGCUAUAGCUACCGAGCGUUAGCUAGCUCAAAUGCAGUUGCCUAGGAGAGAGACAUGGCCAUAAUGAUAAAGUUACACUGGCAGUGAAACAAAAACUUAACGAAAAGGCAAAUAACACAAAAAUGCUAAGUAACGAAAACGACGAGGUUUAACUGCCACAGCGUUUAGAAAACUUAUCGGCUGUUUCCAUCGUCGUUUGGACAGGGUUAACGGUAGUGACAGCUGUCGGGAACGUUACUGCAGUAGCUAGCAGCCGGGUCAACAGUCAACAAUGCUAUUACUGUCCAGUUCUACACGCCUACUCGGAAGAGGGAAAACUUUGCUCCGUGAUCCGUUUAAGAGGAUUUGCGUAGAUAUGUCGUCCUCCUCUCCUUCGGGUAAGAGACUGCGGGUUCUGGUUGACAUGGACGGGGUCUUGGCCGACUUCGAGGGGGGUUUCUUAAAGAAGUACCGGGCCCGAUACCCGGAAGAUCCCCACAUCAUCCUGGACGACAGGAGAGGGUUUUGGGUGUCAACGCAGUACGGGCAGCUGAGGAGUGACCUGUGUAACAAAGCCAUCAGUAUCUGGGAGUCCAAAGACUUCUUUAUAGAACUGGAGCCGCUGCCAGGAGGAGUGGAGGCGGUCAAGGAGAUGGCCAAGAUGGAUAACACAGAUGUCUUUAUCUGCACCAGCCCCAUACAACAUUACAACCACUGCCCGUAUGAGAAGUAUGCCUGGGUAGAGAAGCAUUUUGGCCAUGACUUUCUGGAGCGGGUAAUCCUGACCAGGGACAAGACAGUAAUCACCGGAGACCUCCUGAUAGACGACAAGCCGGACAUUCUAGGCGUGGAGCCCAAGCCGACGUGGGAGCACAUCCUGUUCACCGCCUGCCACAACAAGCACCUCCCCCUCAGUCCCCCGCAGAGACGACUCCUGUCCUGGUCGGACGAUUGGAGGGCCAUCCUGGACAGCAAAAGGCAGUGAGGGAACUCCUUCACCCACGACCCCCGGCGGCCCUGGCUUCCUGGUUAGUGGACGAGUUGGUGGUGGUGUGGGGGGGGGGCGUCAUCACCACGCUGGUGGGUGUCGUGGCUCGGAGGGACCGCUGUCUUGCAGAGGCACCAGCAGAAUUCAUUUCUGAAAGGAAGGAGGGUCAAAUUUUAAAAGGGUGGGAACGAUCAGCCACAUUCACACAAUAUUAUACAGGUUUGACUUAAAAAAGAAAAAAAAUUGUAUUCACUCUGCUGGGUAUGGACAUUCACGUGUUCAACCACAUGGGGGCACUCUGAGACCGAGUGCGAUGGGAACCACCUUUCCACCUAUUUCACUGAAGAAACUGUGACAGCAGGACGUUGAAUUUCAAAUGGAUACACGGGGAGUCUAACAUUGAACUUGUUGUGAGCUGCUCUGUGUCUGCAUGCAAUGUUUUUGGGAGACGUAUCGUUAGGAUUUUUUUUUUUUUCUUCUCUUCCUCAUUCAAAUCAGAAUUUUAUUUGGGAGACACUGGGGCUGUUUACCUAUGGUCUUGAUGAUGAUGAUGAAUCAUUUUAUUUCGGUUAACAUUGAUGAAACAAUUAUUUACCACAAUUUGCCACUGUAUCUAACCGAAAAAAAGGAAUAGGCUGAAAGCCAAGGCGUAUUUUUGCCUAUCCUAUCCCAUAAUCCCUGUAGAAUCACCCAGAAAUUCAACACAACUAAAUGAAACCAAAUACUUAAACCUG